GCAAAGGUCGACCUGCUACCGUAAACCACUGCAACUUGCUCCUUUCAUUUCUCCUCUUCCCAUCCAUCCUGCGCCUGCAGAAGAAAGAGAAAAUUCUCGGGAAAAAGAAAGAAAUUGAACUCAUUCAAACUAAAUCUUGUGUGGUUUCCUUCUUUUUCUCUGACUUGGAAUAGGAGGAGAUGAAAAGCUGUGAGCUCUGCAAGUUUCCGGCAAGGACCUACUGUGAAUCGGACCAGGCGAGCCUGUGUUGGGACUGCGAUGCUAAAGUGCACGGAGCAAAUUUUCUUGUAGCGAGACACUUGAGGUGUCUCCUAUGCCAGACGUGUCAAUCUCCAACUCCGUGGAGAGCCGCUGGUGCUGAGCUUGGCCGGACCGUUUCCGUUUGCGAGAGUUGCCUCGGCGGUGGCGAGGGAGCAGAGAGCGAAGCGGAAAAUGAGGAUGAUGAGAUGGAUAAUACUGCUGAUGAUGAGUCAGUUGAGCAUGAUGACGACGACGACGCGGAUGAUGAGGAGGACGGAGAUAAUCAGGUGGUGCCGUGGUCCUCGGUAGCUAAUACACCAUCGCCAGCUUCAAGUUCUUUGAGUAGCGAAGAAUCUGGCGGUGAUAGAAAGGUUUCCGAAUCUGUUAAAGCAUCUUCUUUGAAAAGAGGGAGAGAAAAUGCUUCAGAUCUUCGCACUCAGGAUCUCUUGUCGUUGAUGCCAUCGGACAAUCUUAGCAGUGCAUCUUCUCAACAGAAGUACGGUACGACAUUGGAGAGUCCGUGGAGUCUGGAGGAGGAGGCGGCGGUUUCUGCUGACACAAUGAGGUCCUGGAAAUGGAAGCACCAACGGAUCGAAAGGGACAUUCCGGUUCAUUUUCAGUCCUGUGUGAUUUCCCCGCCCGCCGUCAGUUCGCUCAAGAGAUUAGGGUCAAAAAAUUUGGGGAAAGAGUCCCAUUCCUUUGAUCUCAAUACCUAGGGGAAACUGCUGUGUUGUUUCCGAUCUGACCUCUUCCUCCAACCAUAGUCCUAAUGUUCUUUGAUUUCAAGUUGAUUAAUCAAAGAGUUGAUUUGUUUUGAUUUGUUCUGAGGCUAUAAUUCUGUUCUUACAGAGUGUGCUUCUUGUUUGGUUGAUCAACCUUAUGUUACAUUAUUUUGAAAACAAUGUCGGUUCCACGUUGUUCUUUCUGCCUCUAUUUUAAUAUAUUUGAUUAUGGGUU